AUGUAUUUGAAGCAAGGAGAGGAUGUGAUAGCUACAUGGUGGGUUUGGAUGGAAGGCAUUAUACCUAUAGGUUAUGGUAUUCUUCAAGUUAAUGAUGAAAAAGGUGUUGAGGAUGUUGAACCUGACCUGGCAAAAACACUUGACGAGGUUGGAUAUGUAAUGGAUGUUAUUCUUCAAGACGUAAAUGAAGUUGAGGAUAUUCCAUAUGUUGAUGGUGUAAUGGGAAAUAAGGGUGAUGGUUUUAUAAAAGAUGGUGUGAUAGAGGAAAAUGAGGGUGAUGGUAAGGGUGAUGGAGCUGGUGAGGGUGAUGGUGAGGAUGAUGGAGCAAAUAUGGAGGUAAAAGACGUUGAUGAUGGAGGGCAUGUACAACUCAGAAGGACAAGAAAUCCCUAA